AUGGAAAACCAAACAACAGUGUAUGUGUUGGUUCUCGCUGGUCUGUCUGAUCUUCCAAGUCUUCAGCUUCCUCUAUUCCUGGUGUUUCUCCUCAUCUAUCUUAUAACUCUGACUGGGAACCUUCUCAUCCUUCUCCUGAUCUUCACUGAUUCCCAUCUUCACACCCCCAUGUACUUCUUCCUUGGAACCCUGGCAUGUCUGGAUAUGAGUUACUCCUCAGUCACUGUCCCAAGAAUGCUCUUUGAUUUACUCACACGAAAAAAAGUCAUUUUAGUGAGAGAUUGUAUAACUCAGGUCUUCUUCUUCUUUUUUUUCUGUACAUCUGAGGUGUUUCUGCUGGCAGUGAUGUCCUGUGACAGAUACAUUGCUAUCUGCCGCCCUCUUCACUACAUGCAGAUAAUGACCUGGAAUGUUUGUGUUCAGCUUGUAUCAAUCAUUUUGUUUUUUGGAUUAGUAUGUUCCUCGUUGAACAUUGGUUUUUUAACUAAACUGACAUUUUGCAACUCUGAUGCUUUGCAAAGUUUUUUUUGUGAUCUUCCCCAGUUGUUUCAAGUCUCCUGUAGUGACACAAUCAUCAAUGUAUUGCUUAUGUUUCUCUUGCUGAUAGUGUUUGGAAUGGGCCCUUUUGGAGUCACCAGAUUGAUGGACAUUAUAGAGGCUGAUUUUCAAGGGGCGACUUGCCUUGUUUACUUCGGUAACAUUAUUGUGAUUGGUAGGACAUUUGAUGAAAAACUUGAAAUGAACCAGAGAUUGGGACCCAUUUGA